AAUUAUAUUUAAUAUAUCAUAAUUUUUGUGGAUCGCACUAUACUAACAAAGAGUACCGCAACAUGUUGCGCAACAGCCGGUGUAUAGAUAUUAAUGUAGAAGGUUAGAUCGAUAACCAAACUUUAAAUUGAUCUUUAAAAUGAUAAUUAAUCCAUACAAAUUCAUAGUAAAAAAUAAAAUCUAAAAACCAUUCUGAGCUUUCGUGAAUUUUUAUUAAUCUUUUCAACAAACACGGUAACAGGUAUGGCAACUUUCUGAGAACUGUCAACCCAUCUGUCAAAUAUUGUUGAAAAAUGCGUUACCAUGGUAACGAAAUUUAACAACAAAAAUGUGAGGAUGGAUUUCAUAUUGUCAUUAAAUGUUGUAUUUAUAAGCAGUUGCUGUGCUUUCUUUAUUUCAUAUUAGUGAUUUCUCAUGGCAGAAUUGCAUAUAUUAGGGCAACUACAGUGUGCGUCAAAUUUUAAGGAUAAUUCUUUAUUUUGUCGAUACUCUUUUCAAGCCGGUCCAAACUGGACAGUAGUUUCAGGGUGCCCUGAGGGGCAGACUGUUACAGGCAAAGUGGAUCACGACAGAACGGUUGUAUGGUCUCAUCCUCUCGAUAUCCACUACGUAACUAAAGGGGUUCAAGGUUGGCCGAAAUUAUUAGUGCAAGUGAGCUGUCUCGAUUCUAUUGGUCGAUCCUGGAUAGUAGGCUAUGGUUGCUGUAGCUUACCCGCAGUGCCAGGGCCUCACACUAUUCAAGUAAACUGCUGGGUGCCAGCGACAACUUCAAUAACUGACAGAAUCCGGCAAUAUUUUCUAGGAGGAUCACACCAACUUAUUCAAAGUGAUAUAGUUAAUUUAGGAUUAAACAGGUUUAAGUUAAAAACCCAAUCAAAAGGGUCAGUUCAGUUGCAAGUGACCUUACUACUGAGAAAUUUUAGUCAGUUCGGUGUAGAAUAUAAGUGAAAAAUGAAAGUCAUUACC